GAAUGUUCUGGAGGACAUCCAGUCUGGGUGCUCCUUGUCUCUGUGGCUAGAGCAGGGGGUGGUGACAGAGCUGGACAGGAGUGGGUCCUGCCCUCCCAACGAUCAAGCAGUGGAAGCCUGUGGAGGAGACCGAGGGCUGAGGGCCUCGUGGGCCCCAGCCUCUCUCAGGAAGUGCCUGGGAGCAGUACACUAGGCUCGGAAGCACCCACGGCUGGGUCUGCAGGUUCCCAUCUUUGCUGGGCCAACUCGGCCGCCGUCCACUACGCGCCCCUGAACCCCCCGACCCCUGGAACCCGUGUGAACACCCGUGUGCCUGCUCCCUGUCGAUGACAUGUCUGACCCUAACGAACAGAGUGGCGCCAAGUCCUUCCUGACAGCACAAACCAUCCUGAAGACCAAGCUUUACAGCAAAGCGCUGAAGAGGACGGCAACACAAGCCCCUCACCCCUCGGAGACAAUGGCCCCAGGCAGCUGCUACUGGACCACGGAGCGCGACGGGGAGGUGAAGCUGCGCCUGGGCAAGAACUCGGAGGACGAGCCUCCCACCACGGUGCCCGACCUGAUCAUGAGCGCUGCCACCAAGUACUCGCACUGCCUGGCGAUCGGCUCCAAGUACAAGAAGAGCUGGCAGCUGCUCACCUACAUCGAGUACUACGAGGCCUGCCGCCGCGCAGCCAAGGCCUUCCUCAAGGUGGGCCUGGAACGCUUCCAUGGCGUGGGUAUCAUGGGCUUCAACUCCACGGAGUGGGUGAUUGCCAACAUUGGAGCCAUCAUGGCAGGCGGCAUCUCUGUGGGCAUCUUGUGCAGUAACUCACCGAAAGUCUGCCAGGUCAUCGCCGAGGCUUCAGAGAUGGACAUCUUCGUGGUGGAUAAUGACAGACAGCUGCAGAAAGUUAACCAGAUCCAGGGCUACCUGAAGCAUCUCAAGGCCAUCAUACAAUACAGAGAAGACAUCCAGGAAGUACAGCCAAAUCUAUACUCGUGGAAAGGGUUCCUGGACCUCGCAGAUGGCAUCUCGGAUGAAAAGUUGGACCAAGUCAUCGACUCACAGAAGCCUAACCAGUGCUGUGCUUUGGUAUACAACCAGGGCACAUCCGGGGCCCCAAAGGCCAUGAUGCUCAGCCACGACAAUAUCACAUGGACCACAGCGGCCACCGUUCAGAGCCUGGAGUUCAAGUGUCCGCCUGAUGGCCAGGAGAUCUUUGUGAGCUACCUGCCGCUCUGCUUCGCGGGGGCCCAGAUCUUGGAUGUGUGGGUGGCCAUCUCCGUGGCUGCAACAGUCUACUUCCCCUCAGCAGAGGCAGGGAACUGGAGCGGGCCAGCACGAGCCCCUGGCACGGGCUUCCUGACGGAGAUGCUCCGCGAGGUCCAGCCCACCACGUUCUGCGGCAUCCCGUGGGUGUGGGACCGCAUGCUGGACAGCCUGCAGACCAAGCACCUGGAUGCCACGGCCUUCCGCAGGAGGAUCGACCGCUGGGCCAUGCACAUGGGGCUCAGCACCAAUAGGAGGCGGCUGCUCGGGCAGAUCCACCAGCCGCUGUGCUUCGGCCUGGCCAAGAAGCUGACCUUUGACCCUGCCAGGAAAUUCCUGGGUCUCAACCAUUGCCAGCAGUUCCUGAACGUGGGCUCGGGGCUGCCGAGGGCCACGGUGGACUUCUUCCUCGGCCUGGACAUCCCCAUCUUUGAGGUGUACGGCUUGAGCGAGUGCACCGGACUGCACACUCUGUCCAGCCAGCAGGCCUACCGGCUCCCCAGCAGUGGGAAGGCACUUCCCAGCUCCCACACAAAGGUGGAAAAGGAGAACCAGGACGGCGUGGGGAACUUGUGUGUAUGGGGCCGCCACAUCUUCAUGGGGUACCUCAACGACAAAGAAGCCACGGAGAAGAAGGUGGACAGCCACGGCUGGCUGCACACCAACGACCUGGGCUUCUUGGACAUCGACAAGUUCCUCUAUGUCAUGGGGAAUGUCAACGAUAUGAUCACGCUGAGCUCAGGUGAAGUCAUCAACCCGAAUCCCAUCGAGGAGCGAGUGAAGAUGCGCAUCCCCAUUGUGCGCUAUGUGAUGGUGGUGGGCCAGGAUGCCCCAUACCUGUGUGCCCUCCUCACAAUGAAGUGUCAGAUCAACCCGGAGACUGGAGAGGCUCGGAGUGCCCUGACCAGUGAGGUUGUGGCCUGCUGCCGGAAGAUGCGGAGCCAGGCCACCUGGUUGGCAGAUGUCCUAUAUAACCGUGACCCCCUGGUCACAGAGUUCAUCAGCCAGGGCAUCCAAGACGUGAAUGCAGAGGCACCCUCGGAAGGCACCAAGAUCAUUAAGUGGGUCAUUCUAGACAAUGACUUCUCUGUUGGCGGCGGGGAGCUUGGGCCCAUGUCCAAGUUGAACAGGACCACUGUGGCCAAGAUAUACCAGGAGGAAAUCCAGAAAUUCUAUGAGAGGGCUUCGAGCUCUUAGCAGCCCUGUGCACCCCAAUCUUCGCCCAGGUGCUGGUAGUUCGUGUCUUACAUCCUGCUGUCAAGGAACAAUUUCUACAGUGGGGAAAGUGUUCUUUGUGAGGGCCUGGGUGAAGGCCCUCUAGUGUUGGGGUCUGAAUUGUAAAGGAAUAAUUAAAUGUGUUCACUAAA